GGUAUAUCUUAGAGUUCUUCUAGAUAUCCUUAAUAAUCAUCAUCAAUUUCCAAGUGGGUAUAUCUUAGAGUUCUUCUAGAUAUCCUUAACUAUACACAUCAUUUUCUUAAUCAUCAAUAUAUUCAUUUUUUUAAUCAUUCAUAAUUAUUAUUUUAAUAAGAAUAUUCAUUAAAGUCUGAUAAUAAACAACAUCAAUAAUAAUCAUCACAAUAUCCAAUAACAAAUAGCGGCCUAACAUCGAGUGUUAACACAUAGCUUAUCGCCAUACAUGAUAUAAGACCUGGAAAUCGACGAUAUGAAGCUCAAUGAACGAACGCGAGCUAAAACAACGUUGGAAAUCAUAAAACUCGCUGCUUCCCGUCACCACUGUACCAGCCCCGGUUUUCGGGCGAUAUCUCUUUCGUUACUCAACGAAAUCGCGAACUGUUUGAAGCUAUGCUUUCGUAAGACAUAAGGCUACAACUUUCGUUUAGAACCCAGAUUAAAACAAUGACGUUUAGAGGGUGUAAAAGUGCUCACAAGUGGGCUGAUUUGCACUGGAAAUGUUUUCUUCAUUCAACUUCCCGGAGCAACUUCCGGCAAGAACCGUGGCUACCUCAGGUGACUUUAACAGCGGCGAUCACUUGCGGAUUGUUCUCCUACAACAAGGAGUAGAAUAGAAAAAAAAUGGGAGAGAAUGAUGGAGAUUUGAAGAAGAUGCAACCUCCUUAAAUAGGCCAAGAAUGAAGAAAGAGUUGUUAUUCAGUGAAACACUCCAUAUUCAUGGCGGUUUGACAUUCAUCAAAAACUUAUAAAAAAUGAACACAAGUUUAGUACAACAUCACCGUAAAGUGUGUUCCAACAAAAGGGAGAAGGAGCCCAAUAGGAGUAAAACAAUGACAAAAGCCCAAAAUAGGAGUGAGAAGAUUAAAUCCCCCAAAUAGGAGUCGCCGUUAGCCUGUCUCCGUUACCAGUAGCCGUCAAAGCCAAUCGAAUUACCCCGUUAGCCAUCAUUGGUUCUUCGAUCAGAGCGCCAAAUAGAAAAACCAGAUAAAUUCACAAUUCCUCUGCUUCACAAUUCAAUUGCUUCCCAAUUCACCUACUUCGCAUUGUAUCUUAAUCGGAGAAGAUGACGGACGAAGAGGACACUCGAUCGGAUGAAAUUGCUGAUGAAGAUAAGCGACCUGCGACAAAGCAAAUGGCGAAGCGACCGAAGGUAUCACGUAAAUUUGUGAAGAAAGGUGAUACAGCACAGCCUAAAGAUGGAGGAAUUAACACUUAUUGUAAUGUGCUUGAGACCGUACGUAGAAUUAAAGGCGUGUUGAGAAAGGAGGAGCUUGAAGUCUUUAGAGGCACGGUUUUUGGAAAACUGUUGGAUGUUCCUGAAGUAUCACGUAAAUUUGUGAAGAAAGGUGAUACAGCACAGCCUAAAGAUGGAGGAAUUAACACUUAUUGUAAUGUGCUUGAGACCGUACGUAGAAUUAAAGGCGUGUUGAGAAAGGAGGAGCUUGAAGUCUUUAGAGGCACGGUUUUUGGAAAACUGUUGGAUGUUCCUGAAGUUAGAUGGAUUAGUAAUGGGCUCUUAGUUGGUCUGUUAGAAAGGUACAAGUUACCAAAGCAAGGAAUAACUGGAUGUAAAGAAAUGAAGUUCAAAAUAAAGGGGAGAAAAGUCUUGUUCACAAAGCCAGAGUUUGAACUUAUUGCAGGACUGGGAAGCGGAGGGAAUAGGAUAACAUUGAAUGAUGAAAGGUUGGGUGACUUCGGGUUAAGGUAUUUCAAUACGGGAAAAUUUGUUCAGCGAUGUCAUAUUACGGAUGCACUGCUGCAACACAACAGAGAUGACCCCGGAGUAGAAACUGAUGAUGUUGUAAAGCUAGCAUUGCUGCAUCUGUUGGGCAAUGUUAUGUUUGGGCACCAGUCAUGUGAAAGCCAAGGGAAAGUGCUGAAGAUGAUCCUUGAGCAAUUAGAAAGACAAAAGGGAGAUGAUACAGAGGAGAGGGGUUUUAAAAAGAUAGAUGAUGAAAUUGUCAAUGAGAAUGUUGAGAGUGAAGACAUGGAAAAUAAAAACAUGGGGAAGGAUACUAUUUUGGAAGAAGAUGGCACUGACCAUGGAGAUGUGGGAAAGGAUGGCACUUCCAGACAUGAUGACAAUGAUCUUGGUCAUGUUGACACCAUAGUCAUUAAUGAGGGAGAUGAUAAAAUCAAAGAAGGUAUGAGAGAUGAAAGAAGCAUUGAGACUUUGCCUAAGUUGUCUGAAACACAGUUCAGUGAUCAGUUCUUUGAACAAAUGGACAAAGAAGUGAAUGCUAUUUUGAAAGGCACAAUUGAAGGAAAUAUCUUUGAGAAGGAAGGUGGAUCUGAUAUGGAGCCCGCAGCUAAUGCGAAUUUCGAGAAAGUGCAGAUGGAUUCUACAAUUGAUGAACAAGGAAUCACUUUGCCUGAAGAGGGGAUGGAUAUAAAAGGGAAAUGUAUGGAUGUGGAUGUUGCAACUAAAGAGCUUGUUGAGCAUGUGAAAAUGGAUACGAUAAUUGAUGCACGACCAAUAAGUGAAUACAAUGGAAAUGCUGAAAAUGAAGCCCCUUGUGUGCAGACACAUAAGAGUAAGAGGCAAACUAAAGAGCCCCAAAAGCUCUCACUUUCAGGGCGAAAGGUGCAAAAGAAGACACAUAAAAUGAAGGAAGCUGUGAAGAGCAAGUUUGAAGUAACUCUGAGUCAAAUGGAAGUCGUGAUUGGACCAUUCAGCCUGAACCCUAAGGAAAUGCCCCCACAAGAAGAUAUUGAUAAACUUAAGACAUUCCUUGAAUGUGGAGUGUUGAAGAGGAAGGCCAGAACAAGAGUCAGAAAGAUUUAUACAAAAGGAGAAGAAAACAUGACAAAGAAGCCUAUCCAUAUGGAGGUUGGCAUGUUUUACUUGGAGGUGAAAAGAUUCAACUACAAGCUCACACAAACAUACUCAACUGUGACACCUUUUUUCCUGGAAUGUCUUAAGCGGCAUCAAGACGAUAUUGACAAGAAAAUUAAAACCAAAGAAGAUGUUGGAAGCGUUUCAAACUUGACAGUUGAAGUGUUUGGUUUUGCAAGAAAGUGUGCUUUCCCAUGGGCCCGAUCAGAUUUUGUAUAUAUGCCACUGAAUACUGGGGGGCAUUGGGUGCUGCUAGUGUUAGCGGUGGAGUCCAAAAUAGUAUGGGUUUAUAAUUCAAAGGGAGGGAGAUCUCUUAAAGACAUUGCUGAAUAUAGUAUUUGCAUCAAAUGCCUUCUACCCAAGUUAAUAGAUUUGUGUGAUGUCUACAUUAAUCAUCCUACUGGACCAAUGGGAGACAACAAGCUUGAUUUGAAGGCUGCAGAUUUUUGCCCAAAACAGACUGAUGCUGGGAGUUGUCGUAUGUUUGUGCUUAAAAUUGCAGAGUACCUCAUGAUGGAUAUGGACAUUAGGGACAUUCGUACAGAUCAGAUGGCAGCAUAUAGGAUGAAGAUGGCUACAGAGCUAGUUCGAUUUGCAGAGUCAAAUAUGGCUGCAAAGGAGUGACUAUAAAACAUAUUGAUGUUAUUAUCUAUUUUGUGUAUUGAGCUGGUUGAAAAUUCUAUUGCUAUUUUUGCUUUGUAUGAUGAAACCUUUGGUGUAUGACAACAAUGCAUAUGGUCAGUGAUGGUCAUUGGCAUAUUGCAUUGUGACUUAGUUUCAUUCUGUACUAGAAUUCUGUGUUUGGGCACAUGUGCCUUUGUUGUGUUUUGAAGUAAUGUGAAAGUGAAACUGUUGAAAUUGUGUUGUGUUAAACGUGUUUUUUAAAUCAAUUCUAGUGAAAUAA